UAGCCUCGUGCAGCGGCGGCGGAUCCGGUGCGCCUGCGCUCAUCUCACCUAUGCAUGUGCUUUGGAACGAGGCAGCCGAAGCAAAACCGGGUCGACUUGACAGAACUGUUCAGAUCGACACAGAUUGGGCGAGAGAAAGGACAGUCGCACCGGCGUAUGAUACACUUUCAUUGAAUGAACCACAUUUCACUGACACAUUACGCGUAACUCAGCCUUCGUCAUUUUAUUUCUGCAUGCAUCUAUCAGAUGCUUAAUUACUUUUUGCGAUUUUAGAAGGGUCAUUACUUGACAGUUAUGACUAUAUACUAAAGAAGCAUCGAUCUCUGAGAAAAAAAAAAACAGCAGUGCAUCUAGAGCGAGAACAUCUCCUCUUGGUGUUGCAUUCGAGAUUCUCUGAUCAAUAUCUGCAUGACUUUAUUGGGACUCAAUAUGACGACAGCAGUAGACACGAACAACACAGGUGGGGUAAUAUCAUACAUUGGAUCAUGUGGGGGCUCUCCCAGCCGCACCAGUCCUGUGUCCAUGUACAGUGAAAAUUCCAAUGGCAGUAUGCACUCCCUUACCCAAACCUGCUUCGGCUCUUCAUUCCCACCUUCCCCCAAUGGAUCCCAAGAUUCCUCAUAUAUGUACACCAGCAGCAGUAGCAGCAGCUCAAGUUCAGGAUCAGGUGAGGACGGAAACUCAUCAUGCUCCAGUGGAUCCCCAAGAGGUCGUGAUGAUGGUGGAAGUGCACGCAAUUCACCCAACAAAUCAGUUGCCACCCUUACUAAGCUGAAUGGAAUGGUGUUGCUGUGCAAGGUGUGUGGGGAUGUGGCGUCUGGAUUUCACUAUGGUGUCCAUGCCUGUGAGGGAUGCAAGGGUUUCUUUCGACGCAGCAUCCAGCAGAACAUCCAGUACAAAAAGUGCCUAAAGAAUGAAACUUGUACUAUUAUGAGGAUCAACCGGAACAGGUGCCAACAGUGCCGUUUCAAGAAGUGUCUGUCUGUGGGCAUGUCCCGCGAUGCUGUUCGUUUUGGCCGUAUCCCAAAACGUGAGAAGCAGCGCAUGCUGGCCGAGAUGCAGAACGCAAUGAAUAACAUGGUGAACAAUCAGCUGCAGAACGAAUUUCAGCUGGCGAGCAUCACAUCCAACACCCACUGUUCUUCUUCUGAUUCUCCAUCCACUUCCUCCUCUUCUUCAUCUCCGUGCCCUGGUCUUACAAUAGGGCCCCAACCAUCUGCAGUGCUUGUAGCAACAUCACCUUCCCACACUGCACCAGCCUCCCCAUCAGAGCAGCAAGCUCAGAGUCCUCCACCCCUUUCCUAUUCUCCACCUUUGUGCGCCAGCCCAGAUGUAGACACAACCAUUGCUGCCAUAACCAGGGCACACCGUGAGACCUUCGUCUAUGCCCAUGAUAAAUUAGGUCCAGCACUGCUGCCUCACAAUACUGAGCUAGACAACCGAAGCAGCAAUCGGUGCAUGGCUGGUUUCCACCUUAAUGGCCAUAACACCAUCUACCACCAUGAUAAUAAUGUCGCUCAUCAUCAUAAUAACUUUGAGUCACCACCAGAAAAUGGCCACCAUUUUCAGGCCUCCCCAGCACCUGGACAGCAUCAGCAUGGAAUGGUGCAAAAUAAAAAUGGGCAGUGGCCUCCAAACAGUAAUCUCUACGGAGUCCACAAUGGUCAGGAGAUAAACAGCAGUUCCCAGGGUCAAAACUGUCCAUGGAAAACACACAAAGAGAUUUUAUUGGCUUGUCCAAUGAAUAUGCAUCCUUAUGCAGACCCCAACAAAACACCCCAGCAAAUUUGGGAAGACUUCUCUCUGAGCUUCACACCAGCAGUUCGAGAGGUGGUGGAGUUUGCCAAACACAUCCCAGGGUUCAGCACAUUAUCCCAAAAUGACCAGGUCACUUUGCUGAAGGCUGGAACAUUUGAGGUCCUCAUGGUACGCUUCUGCUCUCUUUUCAAUGUAAAAGAGAGGACUGUAACAUUCAUCUCUGGCACCACCUACAGCCUGGAUGCACUGAAAAGCAUGGGCAUGGGAAUUCUGCUGGGCACCAUGUUCGACUUCAGUGAAAAACUCAAUGCAUUAGAACUCUCAUCAGAAGAGCUGGGACUCUUCACUGCUGUGGUGCUUGUAUCUGCAGAUCGCUCUGGUAUUGAAAAUGUGAAUUCAGUGGAGACGCUUCAGGAAAGUCUAAUCCGGGCCCUUCGAUCCCUCAUCAGCAAGAGUGCCCCUGAAGACGGCUCCCGAUUCACAAAGCUGCUGCUCAAACUUCCUGACCUGCGCACACUGAAUAACAUGCACUCUGAGAAGUUGCUAUCCUUCCGCAUUGAUGCAUGAGCUCAAAGACUGCUGCCAUAAGAAGCACAAUAAGUUUGGCUGAAAGACAAAAAUGAUACCAACACUGGUACCCUUUCCAAGAGAACCCAUCAGAAAGAAAACUGAUGACUUCAAAGCACUUGACACAUUUGAAGGGACACUUUAGAAUGAAGUGAAAAAAGGCUCUAAUGGCCACUUAAUAGCCUUCAUGGUCAGGGCAAUUAAAAGGGUUCUUGUACCACUUGUUUUAUCAGACAUACUUGAAAUGGGUGGCAAAAUUAGGUUAAUACUAAAAGAAGAACAAAGCCACAGCUCCAUAGCAGAGACAUAUUAUGAUUCUGUCUUCGAGAACUUUAAAUAUACAGUAUGGGACCCUCGUCAGAGAGGACAAACCAUAGGGAACAAGUGCAAAAUGCCUCUUGCAAGGAUCUCCAUGCCACUUCCAGAGAGGGGAUAGAAGACACCAGCUGCAGAAUAUGCAGAUUACACCAGAUGUCUCCUCAUACCCAGUCAGGCCUGGGAUCCUGCUACACACAUGCUCAGAGAUUAAAUGAUCAUUUAAAAUAAAAUGCAAAUGACAAUUUACAGUCUAUGUGGUAUUAUCCUCCGGACAUUUUUACAUCCCUGUGACUUUGUAAAAUAAGUGUAAAUAUGAUAUAUAAAUAUACUUAAACUGUUUUAAAAUGUAUAAUAUAUAUUUUUUUUUGUAAACUUCACAUGCUCAAUGCAAACUAUAUAUAUAUAUAAAGUAUGUAUGUAUAUAUAUAUCUGGGCACAAACAUAUAAGUAGAGUGUAUGAAUAUUAUUGAAUAUGCAGCCAUGUAUUUCAAAUGUCUUUUACUUCAUAAAGGUAU